ACUCAAACUCUUGGAGAAUAAUCUGAAACACCAUCAAUUGGUCGGCUAAGCUUCAAUUUGAGACUCUGCUGAUUCUGUGAUACAUCUAGUGAGCGGACUGAAGCAGUUUGUGACCAUCAUUGGUGCUAACAAUUGACAAUCAAAGAAUCUAGCUGUGUUUCAAGAGCCACUGGAUUCAUAACUGUUUAGGGAAGAGAUGGAGAUUAGUAGCAUGUUGCUCUUUCUCAAAUGAGUACUCUUGCCAAGUCACAGAAAUAUUUCACUUUUAAGAGGGCUGCUGAUAUAACUCCUACUCUUCAUACUUUGUGCUAAGUCAAUUAGUGGGGUUAGUCUUAGAUGCAAACAUCUCAGAAUCACCAAAGUUCAGCUAGUGUUCAUAGCGUGUUCCACCAGCCUGUGCAAGGGAUUGAAUCCUAUCGCUUGCCUCAUAUCCAAAUACUGGACAACAAUACGUGCUCUGAUGGCGGCAGCCAAGGAACCAGUGGAUCCUAUCAAACCCACAAGGAGCAGUUCCAUACCUUGGAAUCAUCCACAGCGACUAAUGGUCUUAUUGCCUACGAUUCUCCUUCUGCCGUCAGCAUCUCAUCUAAUAGGAGUCCCUUUUCACCACAAGGUUCCCAUUCAUACCUGUCAGAUCCUCAUCAGUCCCCUGACAAUGCUUAUGGAUCACCCUUGAGCGGAUCUUCUGGUGUUGAUGAUGGCAAUGAAUUUAUGUACAAACUGAGAGAAUUGGAGAGAACGUUGCUGGAGGACAGCUGCAGCUGCUGUUUUCAGAGUGGGGCUCAUCAAGGCAUUUCAGCACAAGGUAGGAAUUUGAUGGAAAUGAUCCCUAUGCUAAACUUGAAAGAUGUGCUGUUGUACUGUGCUAAAAUGGUAUCUGAAGGUGAAGGUGAUCUAUUAACAGCGGUAGAUUUAAUGCUUGUGUUGGAGCAAAUGGUUUCAGUUUCUGGGGAGCCAAUUCAACGCCUGGGUGCUUACAUGUUGGAAGGGCUUAGAGCAAGAUUGGAAUUCUCGGGGAGUAAAAUCUACAAAGCAUUGAAGUGUGAACAACCAACAAGCUCAGAUCUAAUGUCUUACAUGUCUGUCCUCUUUCAGAUUUGUCCAUAUUGGAAGUUUGCUUACAGAUCAAUGAAUGUUGUCAUUGGGGAAGCUGUGGCAAAUGAGCCCAGAAUUCACAUCAUUGAUUUCCAGAUUGCACAAGGCACCCAGUAUAUGUACCUCAUCCAUGCUCUUGCAAAACGGCAUGGUGGGCCCCCAUCUCUCCGCAUAACCGGGAUUGAUGAUUCACAAUCACUUCAUGCUCGAGGUGGAGGUCUUGAUGUUGUGGGGAAGAGGCUUGCAGAGGUUGCUGCAUCAUGCAAUGUGCCAUUUGCGUUCCAUGAUGCUUCUGUGUCUGCUUGUGAGAUUGAACUAAAACAUCUUAUAAUUCAACCUGGAGAAGCUAUAGUUGUGAAUUUUCCUUACGUGCUGCACCACAUGCCAGAUGAGAGCGUGAGCACUUUGAAUCCUAGAGAUCGGCUAUUGAGAUUGGUGAAAAGUUUGUCACCCAAAGUUGUGACCAUUGCUGAGCAAGAAUCCAACACCAAUACUUCCCCAUUCUAUUACAGGUUCUGUGAGACAAUGGAUUACUAUAUGGCUAUGUUUGAAUCAAUAGAUGUAGCUUGUCCAAGGGAUGACAAGCAGCGAAUCAAUGCAGAGCAGCACUGUGUGGCUCGGGAUAUAGUCAAUAUGAUAGCUUGCGAAGAUGCUGAAAGGGUGGAAAGGCAUGAACUUCUCGGGAAGUGGACAUUACGAUUGAAAAUGGCUGGAUUCAUGCCGUAUGCAAUGAGUCCUUCGGUGACUAAUGCUGUUAGAGAUAUGUUGAAGGAAUACAGCACCAAUUACAGUGUUGUAGAGCAUAAUGGGGCGCUCUAUCUUCGCUGGAUAAACAGAAAUAUGGCAACUUCUUCCGCUUGGAGGUGAUAAGAAGCUGAGAACGUUUUGUAAAUUUAACUCACUGGUUUUGUUGUGACUUUUAGAGACUGAGUCAAGAGUGAGAUUUGUAAUUCAAUAGAAUUUGAGAGUAGCUUUCUUCAAAUACAGCCUAUAGCAUAGAGCAGGAUGCCAACUUCAACUUCACUGUAAAUGCCCAUCUUGGAAUGAUACGGAGAUACUGUUUUGAGUUUAUUUUA